GUCAAACUUGAUAAUACCCUCCAAAAAUGUCACGUGAAACCACUCAAUGCAUGAGCUAGACAUUUAAGUGACACUCUAUGAGGCGAACUUUUGUAUUUUGAGGCGAGCACUAGCCGGGUGCGAUAUAGUUGGCUGUUUGUAUGACGAUGGUGCAUAAUCACGUACAUCGGUCGUAAUGUGGGAUAAUCUUGUAUUGUACUAAGACAUAUACCAUGACAGCAUGACGAAACUAUAGCUUUAAAGAAUAUUGGGCGUUCUUACUAUAUAGAUAUAAAUGUGUCCCGCAAUGCAUUUGCACUUGCUAUUCUCCAUGAAUAAAUCAUUUUAGCACUUUGCUACGUUAUAAAAUACUUUCUAGUGCAUUAGACAAAGAAUUGCCCAUCAUGGACGCUGCGUCGACGGCAAUCAAUAAGAUGUUUCAUCGAGGAUCCAACGAAGAUGAACUAGCUUCCGGCAAGGCCGCUGGUGCCGGUCUUGGUAAGACUGACUCAGCAUCAAUUGACAGGACUACUGCGGACGCAGUCGAACACGAGAAGAUCCAUAAGAAGCACCAAGAACGUGAACAGAAGAUCGUGGAUAAAGAACGCCACCAGGAUCACUACAAGACCACCGUUCAGCCGCUGAAGGAGCGCCAAGUGAUGCCGGAGGAGCAUCAGCAUACGCAAGCCGACACGCAGAGACACUAUGUCGAUCACCGCGACAGCGAGCGUGAUGCCAAGACGAUGCUUGAGCGCAAGCAGAAGCAGUUCACCAAUACUAGCGAAGAGUUUGGUACACAACACCAGACAGUCCAAGAGCCGACUGUGACGCGUGAACACGUCCAUCACCAUCUUCAUGAGACGGUUCAACCAAUCAUUGAGAGGGAAACUGUGAUGCCGUCUGUGACACACAAGACUAUUCCCAUCAAGGAGGUGCAUCAAGAACCUUCCAUUGAUGAGGGGAUCACGAGGAAUGCGGCUAUGACCAAGGAGGAAUUUGAGAAUCGUACGCGCUAGUGGGGUUUACACAUGUGUUAAAAGGGAUUAUGGGUGUAUGAUUAUUCAGAUGUUAUCUUGUAUAAUAAGUUGACAUGUUGUUGUUUACAUAAAAUAUCGAGGCGUCGAUGUUCUGAAAUCGUACCCAAGCGGCGCUCGCGUUGUGAUUGAUAAUUAUGUGAACGG